CAUCCAUAAAAGCUAAUUAUGAUGACACUGUAGACAUAAAAUAUAAAGAUGUUAAAGAUUGUUACUUUGGAUUUCCUUUUGAUUUUAAACAAGCCAACGAAACCAUAGAAUCACUCAAAGGAAUAUAUAAUAAUUUCUUCGUGUAUUUGGAUCAAUCAAAGGAAAAAGCACAGGAUGGUUUUAGUUUUACACCUAUUGAUUUGAUUGCCGAACUUGAUGCAUUACUAAACAAAAAUUAUAAUAAUGAGUUUGAAUUCUUUUCCAACAUUACUCAAAUUAUCGUUGAUCUCAAAGAUGCACAUACUACUUUUAAACCUUCCUGUUAUAAUGCAUUUACAUUUAGACAAACUAUUCGACUUUAUUCAUCAGUAGAUACUAAUGUAUAUUCUGAUAAUCAAGAUCCUUCAAAUAAUGGGUGUGAAGUUACGCACAUUGACGGUUAUCCUGCCUUAAAGGCAAUUAUUAAUUAUGCUGAUAAGUAUAUUAGAAAAUCUCGUGAUCCUGGUGUAAGAUUUAAUAUGGCGUUGACUUCCCUUAAGUUAAAGAAUAGUAAUAAUGGUACCUUUGAUAUAUAUGAUGGUGAUUUUGCGUAUAACUCACGAUUUCCAGAUGCUGAAAAUAUUGCCUAUGAUCUCAACUGUUCUAAUACUAUCAAAAAAAUAAAAAGAUCUUGGAUUAUUACGCAUAAUGAAAAUUUGAAUAAAAAGAUCAAAGACUUUUAUAAUUUUACAGAUUCUAAAAGUUAUUAUGAAUCAAUCUGCCUUAAGCCAAAAAUAGUACCAACUAACAACUUUAAAGGUGAUUUAUUUGGGCUACCAACUAGUUAUUUAAAAUUAGAAAACUCUGAAAUAACAAUUACCGGUGAUAUAAUUGGAAAUGUUAGUAAUUUUGCAACUUUCAUUAAACUUAAUGAAACUGGUGUAGUAGUGAUCCCUACUUUUGAACCUGAAAGUUUUUUUGUUAAUAGUAACAGCCUUUUAACUCAGCUUACAACUCUAUUUGAUUUAAUGAAUAAAUCUGGUGUAAAAAAGGUGGUUUUUGAUUUUAUUAAUAAUGGAGGUGGUUAUAUAUUGCUUUCACAAUAUUUUAAUGAACUAAUCUUCCCUCAAAGUAGAGUAGCAUUUCCUCGUGACAUGAAAAUUAAUGAUGUCACAACAUUCCUCCUCAAACAAUCUGAUAAUCUAAAUCUUCAAUUGCCGAAUUUUUCGCCUAAAUUAGAACUAUCUUACACUACUGGUGUUCCAUUCAAUAAUUUAGAUGAGUUUAUUGGCAACAAAUCAUUUAUGAGAGGUAGUAUAACUACCAAAUAUUCUAGUUUAUUCAAUGAAAUAUUCGAUAUUACUUUCUUUGCAAAUUGGAAAUUUCCAUGGACUAAUAAAGAUAUUAUUAUACUUACUAAUGGUGCUUGUGGAUCCUCAUGUGCGCAAACUGCUCAAUAUCUAUCAGAACAGGCUAAAAUUGCUACUGUUUCGGUUGGAGGUUUAUUUAAUAGUAACAUGUCAUAUAGUUCAUUUCCUGGUGGAAAUGUUGUAUUGAUUGAUAAUCUUUUUAAUGAAAUUAAUCAAAUUAUUAACACUACAACUGAUCACCCUAAAAUACCUAAAAAUUUGAACAUUACAAUGUAUUCCUUUGGACUCUCAUUCUCUGAAGCUUAUAGUAUUGAAUUUCCAAAUUUGAUAUCUGAAUUUAUGUAUCGGCCUGCAAACUAUAGAUUAUAUUAUGAUGAUAAAUGCAUAUAUGAUCCUAGCCUAUUAUGGCUUCAAGCUGCAAAAUUCAUUUCAUGA